AUGGCAGAUUGGAAGCACAUUCUAUUGUGCACAUCGAUCAUUCUUGCCAUGUACAAGUUUAUGCUUUGCGUUGCCCAUGAAGAACGAAAGUUACAUGUUGUGUAUAUGGGGUCACUUCCAAAUGGAGACUACGCACCAGCGUCUCAGCAUUCAAGCAUGUUACGCCAAGUUAUGGGAAAUGAUUUUGCAGAACAUUCCUUGAUCAGAAGUUACAACCGGAGCUUCAAUGGGUUUGCUGCAAAACUAACAGACCAAGAAGUGAAUAAUCUUGCUAGAAUGGAUGAAGUAGUCUCUGUUUUCGAAAGCAAAACUUUAAAGCUUCACACAACAAGAUCUUGGGACUUCAUGGGCUUCCAAGACAAAAGGCGAAGGAGCCCGGGCGAAAGCGAUAUCAUAAUUGGAGUCAUAGACACUGGAAUUUGGCCUGAGUCAGAUAGUUUUUCUGAUUAUGGCUUCAGCCCUGUUCCGAAAACGUGGAAAGGUGAAUGUGCAGGAGGGAACAAUUUUACUUGUAACAAGAAGAUCAUUGGAGCAAGAAAAUACAUCGACGAUGGUGGGUCGUCUUCAUCAGCAAGAGACAAUGUUGGUCAUGGAAGCCAUAUAGCCUCAAUUGCAGCUGGUAACAAAGUAAAAGACGCAAGCUUUUAUGGAAUUGCAAAAGGAAUUGCAAAAGGAGCGGUUCCAUCUUCAAGAUUAGCCGUCUACCAAGUUUGCGUAACUGAACGAUGCGUUGAGGCUGACAUAUUAAAAGCUUUUGAUGAUGCCAUUGCAGAUGGUGUAGAUCUCAUCACAAUUUCACUUGGUCGUCAAGAAGAAGUAGAUUUCAAGUUAGAUGUUAUAGCAAUUGGUUCUUUUCAUGCAAUGGAGAAAGGGAUUCUCACUGUCCAGUCAUGUGGAAACAGUGGUCCUUCUAAAGGGACUAUUACUAGCGUAGCACCUUGGUUACUAAGCGUUGCAGCUAGCAUCAUGGAUCGUCGAAUCAUCGACAAGUUCUCUCUUGGGAAUGGACAAACAUUGUCCGGGAGAUCGAUAAAUAGUUUCGCAUCAAGUGGGAAAAAGAUUGCUUUACUUCCUGGGGAGCAUGCUUCGCUUCCGUAUUGCAAUGGCUCAACUUGCGAUUGUCUAGAUCCCAAGAAGGUAAUAGGGAACAUACUUUUAUGUUCUUCAGAAGAUGGAGUUCAAAUGGGAUAUGAAUAUGGCGCAUUUGGAUCAAUUGUGAUUAACUCUGACCAACAUGCUGGAGUUGUUCCUUACCCUGCAUCAAGAAUAGAUGAGAUUACAUAUGCUCAUGCUCUGUCUUAUGCUAAUUCUACUAAUAACCCUCAAGUGGAGAUUCUCAAGAGUGAAGCCAUGAAUGAUCCAAAUGCUCCAUACAUAGCUGAUUUCUCUUCUCGGGGACCAAAUCCAUUAAUUCCAGAAAUUUUGAAGCCGGACAUAAGUGCCCCUGGAGUUGAAAUAUUGGCAGCGUUUUCGCCUAAUGCGAAUCCCUCAGGGUUCCCCGGAGACAAUAGACAUGUCAAAUACAACAUCAUGACAGGAACAUCAAUGGCUUGCCCCCAUGUUACUGGUAUAGCUGCAUAUGUUAAGAGUUUUCAUCCUGAUUGGUCCCCUGCAGCUAUAAAAUCUUCUAUUAUGACUACUGCAAUACCGAUGAAUGGUAAUCAAGAUCUUAAGAAUUUUGCUUAUGGAGCAGGGCAUGUAAACCCGGUAAAAGUUAUUGACCCUGGACUCAUUUUGGAUCUUUCUAAGGAUGACUAUGUGAAUUUGUUAUGUGACAUAGGAUAUGAUACUGCAACAGUGAGAAAAAUCAGUGGUGAUAAUAGUGCUUGUUCUUCUUCAAGUGGGAAAUCAUUGCUCAAAGAUAUUAACUAUCCUUCAAUUGUAUAUCAAGUGCAACUAAUUCAACCGUUUAUGGUAAAUUUCACAAGAACAGUCACAAAUGUUGGCAUCGCUAAUUCCACCUACAAGGCCAGUGUCACAAAAAUUUCCAACAUCAAUAUCACCAUCGUGCCUCAAGUUCUCUCGUUCAAAUCUCUUGGGGAAAAACAAUCUUUCAGUGUCAAUGUUGCUGGAGGAAAAUUUUCUAAGCCAAUUGUACUUUCGUCAUCCCUUGUAUGGACAGAUGAAAAACAUAGAGUGAGAAUUCCCAUUAUUGUAGACGUCACCCAAAUUUGA